AUGUCAAACCAACACGGCAGCAGUCCAUAUCCUCACCAAACGCAAUCCAAUUUUUCUAGCAUUCACCACCAACCACAAGCGGGCUCCUUUCAUUCAAUCGCAAAUAGUCGGAGUCUUCCUGUCAACACAUCCCUCAUGGCCUAUCCGCUUUCUCGUUCACAACCUGCCAGCUCUGGUGGCACGCGUGAACUUGUAGAUUCCGGAUGUGAUGGUCAGGGUGCCAUUAAUUGCUUACCCGUUACCCAACCGCGUCGUUCUUCGGUCCAUUCUGGGCGCCAUAUUUACUAUACUAUGCAUCCUUAUCUUCGUCAUCAGCCCUCUCUUUUACCAAAUGGAUGUGUCUCUAGUAACUCGGACUUAACUCGUCGCCAUGAACAGCAGCAUCGGUUGUAUAGUCUUUCCGGUGAAAGCAUAGUUGUGCGUCGCCUUCAUUCUACCUCUUCCUCUUCUUCUGUGACUUCUGUCGGCUUACCCAAUUUGGACUCGGUUGGAGCUCAGAAUUGCCUCGGUGCGGGUGGCGACUGCUCCAGUGCUGGUUCUAUCGACGAUGGCACAGACUUCGAUGAUUUGGGUCCCAUGGCAUGCCCUGAGUCUUGUUAUGCCUCCGAGCCACUCCCCUCUAGCUCUUAUUCAGACUUCGACGAUGGUGGACUAAAGUGUGAAGUUCGUCUUGUCGAUUGCAGAAAUGGAAUUAAUGAGGGCUAUUCACACUCAAAUUUCGAUUAUAUGGGUAAAUCGAUAGUUCUCCAUCAAAGUUCAUCUCUCAGGAGAUCCGUUCCUCCGCCUAUUUAUCUAGAUGGAGCUAGGGCCCCUGUGCGUAUCUCUGUUGGCGAUCCUUCGGAUGAACCUGCAUCCGCCGUGACAAUCAAAUCAAGCCCAAGCCACGAUUUUAUCAUCCGGUCCGAGUGA